AUGGCUAGUGAAACUCCAAAACCAAUGAAAAAAGCCCAUCGUAAUAUAUUUGAUAAAUUAGCCGGAAAAUUAGAAAAAAGUCUUGUUGUUAAUCCAAGUUCAAAUUCAUCUUAUGGUUCGCAAUUAUCAUUAAAUAGUUUAUCCUCAAGUCGUCAUGCGAGAAAAGCAUCAUAUAACAAUGACCAAGAUGAUAUGUCAAUAAAAUCUGUUUCUUUUCCUGAUACGAAACCUCCACCAGCAAUGUCUCAUCAUCAACAUAGUAAUCAAAUGAGUCGCUCACGUUCUGCCGCUGUAUUAACUGAUCAAAAUUCUCAUGCUCAAUGGCAAACAAAUACAGGACAUCAUGUUAAUCCAAUUAUCAAAGAUCGAACUACAAGAUAUGAUCAAGAAAUGCAAAUACUUUGCAGAGAAUUAAUGGAAAAUAGAAGCGUUAAUUUAUAUGAUUGUCGAGAUUAUGAUAAAAAAGUAUCGUUAUUACGUAUUGCUGUUUCAUUUAAUACACCAAAAGUUACUGUACCGGUAAUAAUAUUUCUUGAAAAUACAUUAUCAAAACCUUUAUUUUACGAACUAAUCAAACAACAUUCAUCAGCAGUUAAAAAUUUUCUUAAUAUGGCUAAAUUACGAGUUGAAAAUCAUUAUUAUACAUCAAUGCUUAAACAAUUUGGUAAAAAUGAAGAAGUCGCUAUGAUACGUAUGCGACAAGCAAGUGAAGCUAAUGAUAUAAAUAGUAAAAUUGCUUUAUUAGAUCAAGCAGCAAUUGAAAUGAAUUCACAUCCUUGGUGGAAUUUACAAAUUGUUGAACAUCAAUAUUUGCUUAAAAAACAACAAGAGUUACAAAGAUCUAUUUCAUCUUCACAAUCAAAUAUUAAUCUUGAAAAUCAAACUGUACUUGACACAUAUAAAUCAUUAUUUGAUAUAGACUUCCGACGACAAAAAUUUAAUCGAGAUAUAGAUAAAAAUACUGUCGAACAUAGUAAAGAAUUCGAAAAAGCUUUUCAUAUGUGUCCAGAAAUGAUCUUAUGUGGUAAACUAUCUGUAAUAAUGCACUGUGGUUUACGAAUGCAUUAUGAAGAUUUUAUUCAUUAUGCAAUGCAUCAGGUCAUUUUUAGUAAGAAAUUUGUCAUACCACCAGAAAAUUUUGCUGAUAUGGUUUAUAAUUGGGUAAGAUUAAGUGGUGAAGGACAAGAAAAAGCAAGUGAAAAAGCAGAAAAGUUUCUUAAUAUGAUACAAAAUCCAGAACGACGAAUCUAUUAUGCAGAAAAAUUUCAAAAUUAUGAUGUUGCUAUGGAUACUAUUGCUUUUGUUCUUCAUGAUCGAAUACGAUUUGAAAAUUUACGUAAACGUAUACCACGUGAUCAUCCAUCAUUUAACCGAGCUACGUCAUUAUUAGAAAAUGCAAAAUGGCGAAAUUAA